UGAAAUGCAGCAAAGUGCACCAGACUUUUCCACCUGAUGCACUGUGCUGCAUGUGGCAGGGUUAGGGUUAAUUAAGAUAAGUUGAAGGUAGUGGACAGCAGGACAAGGUAGUGGCAUUUGUGGUAGUUUAAUGAAAUUGACAGAUACCUGGGCUGGUUAUUCUUAGCAGAUAUCAGUGUUCAAUAAACUCAAUUGUCACAGGCCAUGCCCAAGCGCCAGCUGUGUCUCGGGACGCAGGUGCGGUCGUAGUUGCCGGUGACGUAGUGCUGAAGUGCAGGUUAAAACAGAACAACUUGAAGCUAGUAAGUAACAUCCCUCAAUGCUGAUUUGAACGCAUCGAGGGACGGUAGACUGGCUGGGUCCAACGUCAGGGAGUUCCAGUCUCUGCAAGUUUGUGGGAAGAAUGAUGAGGAAUAGACCAGUGUUGUGCAAUGGGGCACGAAGAACCGUGAACUGUGACCUCUAGUACUAGAUGUGUUCCAGUGUAUGUCUACCAAGUUGAAGCGGAUCCUAUAAAGCAUCCCUAGACGGCACUGGAGAGGCCUGGCCUUGAGUGGACUCUAGUGCAAGUCGUUAAGCAUUGAUGUUACGCUGCAGGUGUGGUCGUAGUUGCCGGUGAUGUAGCGGGCGCUGCUGUGCUGAACUUGCUCCUGUUUUUUGAUAUUUUUCUCAGUGUGGGGAUCCCAGGCUGGAGCGGCGUACUCAAUGAUGGGGCCAACAUAUGUCAUGUAGCUAGCCUGUCUCGGAUACAGAUGUCAACCAGAUCUUCACCACAUACACUGACCCAGCACCCAACAGUACCAGCCUGGUAACACACCUCAUAGUCCCCCAGUCACAGCAGCCAUCGGAGACAGACACAUCAUCCCCGGGGCUAUGAGCAGACUGAUGGGCAGCAGCCGCAGAUCGAGUACCAGUAUGCCUGCAUCAAUGAUCCGAGUCAGAGCACUGCCAAUGGGGAAGUUGUCCUUAUUGAGAUACCAGACGAAGGAAGCAAAGAGGAUUUGGAGGACGAGACUUGCUACACAGAGCACAACUUGUCGCUGCUGCUGCAGGAGAAGGAACGUCUGGAGAAGACUCUUGAGGAGGAGCGGACCACGUGGGCCCAGACUAGAGCACAGGAUGAAAGGCACUAUAGAAAGGCUUCGUACAAAGGUCCAACACAAACAUGUCACUCAAGCAGCAGCUGUCCAUGAUUCACACGUCCAGUUUGAAACGUCUGACCAACGACAGCGAGAACCAGUCCAUUUUGCAAGAGUUACUGCAACACAUGUCUGAGGAGCACACCCAGCUGCUGCACCACCAUCUAGCACAGCUACGGCUGUACGCUCAGGCCUGCGCAUUAUCCAAAUCAGCCCCCGAGGAAUCUGCAGCUGAAUCUACAGUCUUGGUACCAGACCUGGCUGACCAAUCACAGGACAUCUCACACAUGGCCAUGAUGUCGUCCUCUGAGGACAGUCUUGGGAACAUGGAGCAGACAGUCGUCAUGUCGAUAACGUCGGAGGAGGAUUCAGAGCCGCUUGGCAACAUCGUGGAUAACCCUGGAGAUACCAUGAGACACGAUGUCUUGCCUUUAGAUAAGGACAUUCAGUUGUCACCAAAUGACAUUCUAUACCAGCUGACAAGCGAGGGACUGUCACCAAGACAUGACACCUGUGAGUCGGGUCACGUUUAUCAAUCAGGUAGAACUCAUUCACAUCACAACACAGGCUGUGAUGUCACGCAACAGGAUUUUCACAAGAACAAAAGUUUGAAAUUGGUUCUUUCCAACAGCACGCCAAAAAUAUUCUGCCCCGACGGCUUCGACAAAAAAACGUUUGAUGACAACAUGUCAAAUGAGGGACCACCAUUAAAAUGUGGGAGAACUAACAGCCUGAAAGCCAUUUAACUAAUCAAAUCUGACUUAUUUUGUAAAUAGUGUACACUCAGUGU